AUGUCGAAGCUGUUGCAGAGGUUAGUUGAUUUAACACCCAAGUAUGCCACUCGUAAGUUCUUUUUAUUGCGAGUAUUGUUAGUUGCUUAUCGGUUUGGAAUGGAAAAAGGUCGGCCGGCCCUUGUGAAAAUUUGGAACUAUUCAAAGGUUGAAUUACGACCACCCAAGCUGAACGAACUCACCCCUGCUCUUGAAGAAGGACGUUCGAUUGUUAAUUUCCUCAAAUCUGGAGCAUGGAGGCAGAAGAGUGUAAAGGAAGCCGCUCUUGAUGGAGUCGUCGCUCUGGAAGUCCUUAUGUGGUUUUUUGUAGGGGAAAUUAUCGGUCGUAGGAGUUUGAUAGGAUACAAGCACGUGAAGGGUGCUUACAUUGUAGCACAUUAG